UUUCUCACCAAAAGUAGUAAUAAUAAUGACGGCAUAAAGAAUAGUGGAGUCAAGUGGGCCAGAUAAAAAGCGAGAGCAGGGCUAAGUUAAAAGAUCAAUUGGCUACAUCAUUUUCCGACUUUAAUCUCCUCUUCACUUCUUUCAUCAAGCAGUGGCCAUUUUCUCUUUCAGUAAUCGCGUUAACCAAACAAAUUUCCAUUUCCAACUUCUAACUAUGGCUUGGGCUCUUGUUUCUGCUAUCAAGGACCAGCUUAGUUCUCUCAUUACUUCAGAGUUCACGUCGAUUGCUAAUGUCAAGGGAGAAGUCCAGAAGCUUGAAAGCAAAUUCCACACCAUCCAGGCAAUGCUCAACGAUGCAGAGAAACGGCAAGUGAAGGAGGAAGCUGUGAAGCUUUGGUUAGAUAAGCUCAAAGACGUAUCCUACCUGAUGGACGACGUGUUGGAUGAGUGGAACACUGCCAUGAUCAAAGCAGAGAUUGAGAAACAACAAAAAGAUGAUGAAGAAAAAGCUGAAACUAGCAGUGCUGCUAAGAAAAGGAAGAGAGGGAAAGGUGUACACGUUUGUAUUGACUAGGGGCAAUGAAGAAGUUGAGAGACCAAGAACAACUUCCUUUGUUGAGGUGUCUGAAAUUCUUGGUCGUGAUAAAGUUAGAGAUG